AUGACUCCUGAAACUAAUAAUGAUGAAACAUUGAGUCGGCCAAAACCACGGGCUGCCUUGCCGCCCGUUCCCGAAGGCAUGUCGAAGUCGCAAUGGAAGAAACAGUGGAAGAAGGAACAGUUCGAACUGAAUAAGCCGCUGUAUGCGAAAAUCCGUAAGGAGAAGAAGCAAAAGGCGAGAGAGCAACGCCGGGAACGCUUACAGAAGGCGCUGGAGGAGAAUGGUGGGGAGAUCCCAGAGGAACUGCGGCGCACGCCGCGCGUAAAUGUCAACCAAAAGGACUCCGGGAUCAAGGUGAUCAUCGACUGUGCUUUCGACGAGCUUAUGAACGAAAAAGAGAUCGUCAGCUUGUCUACGCAGAUAACGCGAGCAUACUCUGCCAACAAACGAGAAAACCACUUUGCGGACGUAAAGGUAACUUCGUUCAAUAAGCGUCUGAAGGAGCGCUUUGACUGCGGACUCAAGGGGGCCAACUAUGAUGCAUGGAAGCACUUCGAGUUCACAGACGAAUCCGCCCUUCCAACUACGAACGCAGUUUACCUUACUGCAGAUACUGAUGAGACGCUGGAGACGCUGGAACCCGGUACGACGUAUAUAGUGGGCGGCAUUGUGGACAAGAACCGCCACAAAGCUCUCUGUUACAAUAAGGCCAAAGAACUGGGCAUUCCUACUCGUCGCCUACCAAUAGGAGAGUACAUCAAGCUAUGCGGCAGGAAGGUGCUGACCACCACCCACGUUAUCCAGAUCAUGCUCAGAUACUUUGACAACCAUGACUGGAAAGAGGCGUUUGAAAGUGUUCUGCCCGCCAGGAAGCUAGCAGAGCUUGCAGACCACGCCCAAGAAUCCAAUUCCUCUUCGCCAGCAGAAGAACAAGACGCGCAAGAUAUAUAG